CAAGUGAGCCAAUCGCAUGAGGUUUCUGCAGCGGCUCGUUUGAAUUGCUUCAUUGUCGCGAACACAUGGUGCGCAGAUGAUACAUAAACAAAUAUUUUCGAUGAACCGUAGCCAAAUUGGAAGUGGACGGGGGCCAACUAAUUGACAAUGGACUCGAAGCCAAAAGAGAGUUUUAUUUCGGUGCAGAUGGAGCUGCAGAAAAGAGAUCAGCACAUUGGAAAGAUGAUUGGCAUUGUUGAGAAUGGAAACAACAGUCACGGCAACCACAUUUUGAGCACGGUAGUGGACCACGCUCUGAAGAACAAAGAGGCUGUCUGCUUUGUCGCCCUAAUGCAUCCUCAGAGCCACUAUCAAUAUGUGGGGAACCAGAUUGGCUUUAAUUUGAAAAGCCACAUAGACAAACAGCAGGUCAAGUUCAUCGAUGUCAUUCAAGCAACCCAAGGAAGUGUUCGUGAAUGCAAAUCUCCAAAGUUGGACGACAGCAUCAUUGAGUGGAUCUACCAGACUGUUCAAAUUAGUAUCCGCAACCUCCAUGAAAGAUACUCGCAUGUUAAUAUUAUUAUUGAUGACAUCAGUGUGCUGCUUAGUUUGGCGUGCAAUGUGAAGAGGGUUCAAUGCCUUUUACAAUGGUUACUGUUCAAAUCCUCAGAUAAGAACGAUAAAACGUUGGCUCUGGCCAUUCUGACGCACGUUGAGCCGGAGGACGAAGAAUCUUCAAGGCUGGGGGCAUCUGUAAGGUACUUCUCCAAGUAUUUAGUCAAUGUUACUCCAUUGAGAACAGUUAUAUUAAAAAAAUAAAUUUUAUUGUAUAAUAUUAAAAAUUCACAA